AUGGCAAAGACAAAGACCGACGAUGAGCUCACGGAGCUCUUGGCAAAGCUGUAUGGAAUCCAAGAGGACAUCGGCGCCAAGCCAAAGUCCAGUCCGGAAGAGAAGAAGGCAAGAGCCGAGAAUGUCGUCGUGAUGGGUCAAGGGAAGAAGGCGCAGGAGAAAGCCUCCAAAUUCUUGCAACUCAAGGGAGACAUCGUGGAUCGGUUAAAGAGCAUCCACCAGAUGCUCAAGGACAUUAAGGAAAAGGAACAGGCUGGUUUUGGUGGAGAUAAUGCCAAAGAAAUUAUCAAGAUGCAGGCAGAAGUGCGUGAACAGCUCCGACAAGCCUCCGAUGAUUGGAAAACGCUCGACGAAAUCUACAAAAAGGAGGCCCGCAAAAAGAGAUCCAAAUUCACUCCAGAGGAGUUGGAAGUCCAGCAAGAACUUGUGCAGCGUCUCUACACAGAAAUCGAGAAAGUGAAAGAAGCUCAAAUGAAGGGGUACGCUCGUGGUCAACGUGAUGCUGCCCCGGGUCUACCAACCAAGUCGCUCUUUAUGGACAGUGCUAACAAGAAGGGAGGACCAUCCUGGAAAGGAACGGGUGGUGGUGUUGCCCUAACAGAUGGCCAACAGCAACAGCUCCUCCAGAUUGAAGAGCGUGAUGCCGAUUUCGAUCGUCAAUUGGAUGAAAUUGGAGAAGGUAUUCAAGAUUUGGCCGAAAUUGCAGAGAUGCAGGGCGAAGAAGUGGCCCAUCAAACACAUAUGCUAGAGAACCUCCACACCAAAAUUGAUGCUGCCAACGAACGUCUUGCUGGGGUCAACACAAAGAUGAAGGAUACAUUGGAGGAAGUUGGCCGAUCAAGUGACAAGCUCUGCGUGGAUAUCAUGUGCAUUGUGUUGAUGAUUGGAUUUGGUGCGGUGAUUUACAACUUUGCGGCUGCCUAA